UGAGGAAAGAGCGCGCCUGUUUGGAAGCGCCGGCGCCGAGGCUGAGCGGGCGGCUGUUGGCGGCGAUGGAUCGCAGUGAGAUUUACUACUCGGACCGAUACAACGACGGCGAGUUCGAGUACCGCCAUGUCAUGCUGCCGAAGAAGAUCGCCAAGAUGGUGCCAAAGUCCCACCUCAUGUCGGAGACGGAGUGGAGGAACCUGGGCGUUCAGCAGAGCCCGGGCUGGAUACACUACAUGAUCCACGAGCCAGAGCCUCACAUCUUGCUGUUCAGGAGGCCACUGCCAAAGAAGGAGCUGGAAGGAAUCUGACCCACCCAACCACACCACCCACCACCCCACCGCCCCCUCCACCCCCACUCCCCUCCCUCUCCACCCACCCAACACCCUUGGGCAGCAGCACCAAACAUCCCUCUCCUGAAGCCGCCGACCCGCUGCCUGCAACCACCGCCGACCGCCAGACCUUUGUUGCCUCGUAAACUCAGAAGCAUUGUGGGGGAAUCCGGGAUAAUCGAAGCUGCUUUUUCUCUCUCGUCUACUCCAUCAGAAGAACUGUUCGGUCGGUUAGUCCUCGAGGCCGACCAAUCCAGCAGGCGUUGGGAUCGUUCCGUCUCUGGGCACAGGAAUCUUGCAGGUUGCAGAUUGAACCAGGCGUCGCUCAUGGCUGAAUGGUUUGUAGGCAGGCUACUGGUUGUAGUUUGGUGGGAGAGGGGGAGAGCGCUGUUAUCAUCGACACACAACCCAUUGUAUUCCAUCGGUUUCUCCCUAUUUUCACCCAGUCCUGAACUUGUUCAAGAUUCUCCCACAUCCACUCUAUCGUGUCCUUUCAGGAUUAUAUCACGAGGAUCCCCCACCCCGCUCAUUCUUCACUAGUUCUAAAACAAUGUAGAUCUCGGUGAAGAGGUUGGGAUAGCGGCCGUCAACUGUCGGGGCCUCGUUUCAGCCCUUGCGCUUUUGACACUGAUCGUGGGGCUUCUCUGAGCCCAUUUUCCCCCCACCCCCAAUGAGUUUGGACGCGUGAAACGCAAGGUGAAAAUACUCCUGGACGGAAACACUCAGCAGGUCGAGCAGCAUCCGUGGAGCUAGAACUGGUUCCUGCUCCGGGCUGGUGACCCUCCUGACGGGAGUGUGGAGGGGAAUGUGAUGGGUUUGAACGGAAGGGAAAAGGGGACUUGAGACUGGGUCGGGGGUGGAAGGAGAGAAUCAACCAAGCAUUAACUCUGCUUCUCACUCUGCGGCUGCUGCCCGACCUCCUGAGUGUUUCUGUCGCCUUGGGUUCCCAGCAUCUGCCGCGUGUUGCUUCCCUGCUGAGAGGAGGUCUGUGGGGGGGUGGGGGGAAAGGGGGGAGAACUGGCGCAGCACUGCUCACUGGCUGUCCAAGCAAGCCGAGGCGGCGAUCGUGUCCCUCAGACCUUGGGUCUGUGAGGCCGCAAAGCCAAGGGGGCUGCUCCUCCGGUAUCACCAGCCGGAGGCCACUGGGGUGCAGGACAGUGUCGGGGCUGGCGGAUCAUCCUCGCAGACCACUUCUCGCAGAGGUCAUGUCGGUGUGGCGCAGAGAAGGUGGCGAGUGCAGCCCACCCAGGUCGAGAGGUGCCAGUAUGGAUCUGUUCAACUUGGAAGAGGAACGGCACCUCUCACCUCCCUCCUGGUGGGAGGUGUGAGGAGAAGGGGAGAAGACGAUCGGGCAGGUGAGGUGGGAGGAGUUAGCAGCAGAUGCGUUCUGUGCGGGUUUUAUUGAAGGCGUGGUUUGUGUGCGAGGCCCCUUCCUCCCGCAGCUGGAACCCUCAGCAGGGGCCCCGCCGUGUCAACCUUCCCAUACCCGGGAGCCGGCAGGAGCGGCUGUCCUGUCUACUGGCGGCUCAUUGACAAGGAGGCAGAGCGAGCGGGAAGCGAAGGCUGAGUGUUUAAAAGCCAGGCAGAGGAAUUCCCUGAGUCGCAUCCAAACAACCUGCAGACUUGCUGUUCUAUUGCCCCUCUACGAAACUCAGCGCGGGCUGCUUACCCCCGCGUUCCCAGAGCAGCUCGCUACCCUGCUGGACCGUUGCUUGAAAUCUAAGCACUGCUGUAACGUGGCUGUGCGGCAGGCCACCUUCUGCUGCAGCUCCCCUGUGGUCUAUUUCACCAAAUAUUGCUGGGUGUCAGCAGUUACGUUGUGUCGGGCUUCGAGUGGAGGUGCAGGUCUUGUCGCGUCUCGUUGGCAAACAGUGAUGCACAGUUGUCUGCCUUGUGCAUAGUGGAAUGCUCCAAACUCAGACUCGAGUAUCUGCAGCUUGUUCCUGCACAUCUGUAAUGUAAACCUUUCUAGCAUCUUUA